UCAUUCUGAAAACAACUCGUACCGUAAACAGUUUGCCUAGCUGCAGCCCAGCCUGUCUCACACGGUAGCUUAAUUUAAUUACAUUUGAAAACGCUGCUACAGAAAAAUAAUAAUGGCAGACGAGGAGAAUAUGCCGGCUGGAUGGGAGAAAAGAAUGAGCCGCAGUUCAGGCAAAGUGUACUACUUCAACCACAUCACUAAUGCCAGCCAGUGGGAACGUCCGGUGGGAGACGGCCGUGGAGAGCCAGAUAAGGUACGCUGCUCUCACCUGCUGGUGAAGCACAAUCAGUCACGUCGUCCAUCUUCUUGGCGGGAACAAAACAUCACACGGACUAAAGACGAGGCUCUGGAACUCAUUCAGAAGUACAUAGAAGACAUCAAGUCUGGAGACGAGAAGUUUGAGUCCCUUGCUUCUCAGUUCAGCGACUGCAGCUCAGCUAAGAACGGUGGAGAUCUGGGGUUAUUUGGCAAAGGUCAAAUGCAGAAGCCUUUUGAAGAUGCCUCCUUUGCGCUCAAAGUGGGAGACAUGAGCGGUCCUGUUUUUACAGAGUCUGGAGUCCACAUCAUCCAACGCACUGGUUGAAAGGAAGAAGCCACAUAAUGUACUUUCCUCUUAUGUCUUCACAAACACAGUCCAACCCAACCAGACCUGAUUUUAUUUUAAUGACACACACCACCCAAUAAACAAAGCUUAUAGGCUGAAUCGCAUAUUAUUAUUAUUAUUAUUAUUAUAAGUGGGAUCAUUUUGUUCCAAGCACUAUUGAACAUGUAUGUAAUCACACUGAACAUCAAGGAGUAUUGCAGAUUAUUUCAGUGAGACUAUGGCAAUACCAUUAUAUAAAAACAUGAGUGCCUGUGACUCUGUUGAAGUGAGUGCACCGUGGAAACAGGUUCACACGAUGCGCAAGGUUUGAGAAUGCGUCUGUAAAAGUUUAUUUCCUCUUUGUUUUUGUUUUUUGGAUGUGCAUGUCGUCAUAAAAGGACCAUUUGCUGUAUGUUUCCCUUUUUAAACUUUUCCAUUUUUACUGUAUGUGUGCCAAAGCAGUUCCUCAUUCUUGUUUUGGAUUCAUAAGAUGUUUAAAAUACUUUCUAGUCCUUGCAGACCCCUGCACUGUUAUUCUGAGUUCUCUACCUUUUUAUCAUUGAUUUAUAUUUGUUGUCCUUUACAGACAUCCAGCAACAUAGAAUCAUUUGUUUUCCUAAUCCACUUUGAAAAGUGCAUGUUUUAUCCCCUUUAGGAUAUGCAAAGAUGGCGCAGUUGAAAACUUCCAAGUUUUAACAAUCAGCUCCGCAGCUUUUAAAAGCAUCAAAGUACAGAUGAACUGUUACAAUCGUGUCAUUCAUUGGAGUUUUUUUGCAUCAAUAAAAAUAAUCUCUUUUUGUAA